AUGGUUAAGGCACGGGCCAGAGAGGAAACUAAAGAAAGGAAUAUGCAGAUAAAAGAGAAGAAGAAUAUACAAAAUAAUUAUCAUGUUCCAAGAACCAAAGGGCAAAUAAGUUGUCAAGCACAAGCACAGGAAAUUGGAUUAAAUGAACACAGAUUGAUAAAAACUGUUAUUUUCAAGAACCAACACCAAACGAAACCAACAAGUGAGGAUUGUGAAGGUCAUUUUCGUAAUUUGUUUCAUGUCUCAUUGGAGAGGGAGCCCAUCUCAUUCUCAGCCAUCGGGGUACUCGGGAUCUACUCAAUCAAAGCCAUUAUGGCCAGUGCCAGGUGCCAGGCAAGGGAUAAUCUGAAAGUGUACAGCGCUGGCAGAAAUGUUAUAAGAGCUUUUGAAAAUGCUCUUAAGUUGGAGAAACAGAGUUGUCAGAUUUAUUGA